AUGUCUUCGAUUGAUUUUUCACAGCUUUUAAAAAAGCAGGCGGAUGAUAAUGAGAUGUUAGAGUAUGUAUUUUCACCUGCAAUGCAAACAUUUAUCGAAGACCGUAUCUCAGAGGUAAAUAAUUUGGAUACUGACGACAUGGAUGAAGACAACAGCGAAUUAUUUGAAAAAGUAGAUAAGAUGGUGUCAUCUAAAUUCCCUAUAAAGCUAAUUACUCGCUUAAACAAUUAUAUUCCAUUCAGAGUACCAAAAAUCGACAAAACAAUAUAUAACGUUGCAAGAUCACUAAUCUAUAUAACCCAUAGGAUUAAUCAGCCUUUUUUCUUUCUAGAUUAUGUUAGACAUUCGUUAUUUCGAUAUUAUAACGAGGAAAUCAGAGAUGCAAUUGUUUACAGCCCGGUUCUUGCUUGUAGCUUAAUUGCUUCAUCCAAAAAAUCUAAUACUGUUCAACAAUGGGCUAUAUUAACUGCAGAUAAAAAGUUUUAUUACAUUAAAACUUUAUUGGAUAAACCAGAACCUGAAGAGUUUCCAUGUUGUGACACAACUUCUGUUAAAAUUGACGAGAAAAAGCAACUAGUUUCAGUUUUAUUUAAUGAGAAAGUUUUAUAUAAAUUUAAACCUUCGGAACCAUCCCAUGUCACGAUGUGGGGACAAGCAUCCAGAAAUUUUAAUACUUCAUUCGGAUUUUUUGGUGCAUUAGGAAAUUUAAAUUAUCCUUCUUGCCUUGAGCUCGCGUUUUAUAUUUCAAUCACAUCUCCUGAUUACUGUCUUGUCAAAACCUUCGUUGAAUUAACAAAAACUUGCAAACCACUGAUAAAAAUUUUCGAAUACAGACAGAAAAUGGAAUCUUUCAUUUCAAAUGUCAUCAGUAUGGAAUUUACGGAAAAUAUUGAAGGUCUUACGAGAGAAUUACUUGAAUAUUGUUAUUCAUCUUAUGGUCAACAGUAUUACACGCAAAUAAUUCAGAAACUGAAGAAUUACAUAGCAACAAAAGGUGAUUUUCUUGAUGAAAAGGCGAUUUUUACUGUUCUAAAGUAUAUUUGUGACUCUGCAUCUCUAAUGCCGCAGUCUGUACGUGUUAUUUUCUAUAUUUACAGUCACUACACUAUUCUAACAUCCAAGAAUGAUAUAGAUGUCCUCUAUCAGAAGCUUCUAUCUCUCUUUUUUGGAGUAAUUAUUUUGCCAAGUUUGCCUAGUUCAGUUUCGAGCCAACUUUUGCAAGUAAUUUCGAUAAAAUCUGGAUAUAAUAAGAGAAUGAUGAAGCAUGGCGUUAAAAUGAUUUCAGAAUUCUUCAGAAAAUUAUGUACAUUAGAUUACAGUGUUCAGAUUCAAUGGACGGUACCUGUCCUUGAUGAUCUUUUCCCAGAAAUAAGGCAAUGCUUCAACUUAUUGAAUGGUCACAGUCAAGAAAUUAUUAAAACGUUUGUAAAAUGGGCAAACUCAUCAUUAGAUAAACCAUCCCAAAUCUCAUGGGCUGUUUCUUCAUUUAUAAUUGAUAAUUUUGGCAUUGCAAAGGAUAAAUAUCCAAAACCCUUAAUUUUAGAUUUAACUUCGAUUUACGAUCCAGAAAAAACUGUUCCGCCACAGUUUGCUGGUAAUGCUGAUGGAGAAAAUAAGCGGAAUAAUCAAUUUUCUGUUGAUGAUUUGCUUCAAGAAGAUUCUCCACCCAAGAAAACCAAAAAAGCUGUAAAAGCGGAGCUUAACAAUGAAUCCCAAAAGGAACCCAAUAAUGAAAAUAAUGAUUCUAAAGAAAUUGAAUCAAAUCAAAAUAAUAAUGAGAAAAAAGAAACUCCUCUCCAACAAGAAGAACAAAACGAGUCUCAAGAAUCAAAAGAUCCUGCAGAAAAACCUGAAGAACCUGAAAAUAAUGAACCAAAAGUUAUUUCUGAAAUAACUCCUAAAUCUGAUAAGCUGGAAAUAGCUGAAAAUGAUAAAUUAGAAACACAAAAGCAGGAAUCUCAAGCUACGAACACAAACUCUGAAGAACAAAAAAUACCAAAUCAAACAGAUCAAAAUCAGGCUGUUUCUAGUGAUGAAUCAGCUGAGAAAAAGUCGUUUGAAACAAUCAGUGACCAAAAAGAGCAACAAAAACCUGAAGAAAAUCAAAAUAAUAUAACUCAACCAUCAAAUAAAGAAGAAAAUGAUGAUAAACCUAAGAAGACAGAUAAAAAAGAAUCAUAUCGUCCCAAACUUUCCAUAGAAUUCAUUCCAGCGGAAAACACUUAUAGAUUCCUAAAGAUUUCAGAUUUAUUUGUAUUUAUUGAUAACCCUGACCCAGAUAUGCCUGCUCCUCAAACUCCAGUAGAUCCUAUUACUCCCCCAACAACUCCUCAAGUUCCAACUCCAACAAAAAGUCCAAGAAGAAGACUUAGAAGGGGCAGAAAGUCACCAACAAAAACCGUUUCAUUAGAUGAAAAUGCUCCAUCACCAACUCCUGAAUCACCAGCAAAAUCUCCGCGAAAAGGAAGAGGAAGAAGAAGAGGUCGUGGAAAAACCGUUGAAGCAGCACAAGUUCCAAUCCAAGUUAUUGUUCAGGCUCCAGUUUCUCCGAAAUCUCCAGCUAAAAGCAAAAAAAUCAAGGAGAAAAGGUCGGAGCAAAUCCGUUGA